CUGCUGAUACCAUUCAUAGUUUACUUGUGUUUAUUUGUCGGAAGGCGUACCUAUUCGUGUUUAUUUUUCUCGUGGUGUUUUUCUACUAACACACUUUAAUAUUAUAUUUCUUAGUUAUUGUCAUCAAAUUAUGAUCGAUAAUGGAUACCGUAUUUGAUAUUUGUUAUUUAUCGUCAGACGGGAAUAACGUCGAGCCUGAUGAUAUUCCUCAGACAAAGGAGAGUGUAUGGAUCUUGGGGAAAAAAUACAGCGCUAUUCAGGAUUUGGACCGCAUUAGACGAGACAUCACUUCUAUAAUUUGGUGUACUUAUAGAAAGGGAUUUAUUCCCAUCGGCGACGAGGGUCUUACGUCUGACAAGGGAUGGGGAUGCAUGCUUCGUUGUGGCCAAAUGGUACUUGGAGUGGCGCUUGUAAGAGUACACCUAUCAGCUGACUGGGUCUGGACCCCAGAGACAAGAGAUCCUACUUACUUGAAGAUAAUUCAAAGGUUUGAAGAAAGAAAGCAAGCUCCCUACUCCAUCCACCAGGUGGCGCUGAUGGGAGCUUCGGAAGGAAAGCAAGUGGGCCAAUGGUUUGGGCCCAAUACUGUUGCACAAGUAUUGAAGAAGCUGACAGUGUAUGACAAGUGGAGCUCUCUUGUGAUUCACGUGGCUUUAGAUAAUACUGUUGUUAAGGAGGAUAUAUUACAGCAAUGUGUCGUGAACAACGACAGAGGAGAUUGUUCAGCGGCCCCGGACAGUCUGGUCACUGACUGGAUGCCUCUACUGCUGAUAGUGCCGCUCAGACUCGGACUUAGCGAAAUAAACCCUAUUUAUAUUGAUGGAUUGAAGAUAUGUUUUCAAUGUCCUCAAUCGAUCGGCGUGAUCGGUGGCAAGCCCAACCAAGCUCUGUACCUGGUGGGCUGCGUAGGAGACGAAGUUAUUUACUUAGAUCCCCACACCACACAGAGAUCUGGUUUAGUUGAGACUAAAACGACUGACGAACAAAAAGAAAUGGACUGGUCAUAUCAUUGUAAAUAUGCUUCCCGAAUACCCAUGUUGGCGAUGGACCCGUCCGUUGCUGUGUGCUUCCUGUGCCGAACAAAAAGAGAUUUUGAAGAAUUAUGCGCUACCAUAGAGACUAAACUGAUGUGCGAAAGCCAACCAUUAUUCGAAACAUGCGAGAAGAGACCGGCCCACUGGGGCCCGAUGACUUCUGAUAUAGAUCUACAAAAUACUACAUUAUUUACAGAAUUUGAAGAUGUCGACAGGCAGUUUGACGACUCAGAUGAUGAAUUCGAGAUACUGUGAAAGUUUCGUACAACUGAAUAAAAUGCAAUUUAUCACACAAAUGUCUUAAUGUAGAUAAUUAUACUUUAAUGUAAUAUUAUAUGCGAAGAUACUCGUACUUAUGUACUUGUUAUAACUAACGUACUUGUUUAAGUUACCUACAUUUUGGAAUCGUUCAUGCAUUAGUAAUAGUGCCUAUGACUGGAUAGUGUAAGCCGAUACAUUAUUCUUUGCAGUGCCUUUAAAAUUUAUUGUGCAAUUUAUGUAAAUAAACGCUACGAAAGUAAAGCUGAUUCAAUUGACAUUCCUGUGAAAAUUUGUGAUAAUCAGUGCAUCUUAUAGGCAACUUGUAGGGGUCAGGUUCAUCUAGUCAUAAUUUAGAUAGACUCGAAAUAUUAAAGCUGUAUCACUAAUGUCCAUAACACACGGAGCAUUUUUAUACGCGCAAGAAGCGCGCGCUUUCGGCGCCCUAGACGCGCGCCCUAGUUCACGACCGCUCCGUGUACAUUACAAGGUUGCGUUUGAAUCUCGUAUUAAGCGCGUAUACGCGCGAUGCGUACGCGCGUAUAAAAAUACGCCGUGUGCCAUGGGCCUAAAACAAAACAAUCAUUACGAAUGUAUUUUAUAAUCAUUACGUACAUAGAUUGAGUUUAAACUUCACUUCAUUUCACGCAUAUAAGGUCCAAAUAAUUACAUUAAUUGCAUAAUACCUAUAUUCUGAAUAGAUUAGUUUUAGUUAUUAAACACAGAGCCAAUUAUAUGCCAUUAGCAUUAAGCUCUAGGUCUUAGUAUAAUACAAUAAUAUCAUGAUGAUAAUGUAUUUAAAUAUUGUGUUUUAAGAAUUUUGUAACACGAAGGAAUAUGUGUUAAAAUAAUUUGUGUUAUGUGUUUAGGAUAAAGUUUUGUUACGAAGUUGGCUGAAUGGCUGCAGCCUACCCAAAUAUUUUAUAUAAAUAAACGUGUUUAAAAUGUU